UACAGGACCGGAGCUGGGCCAUGCUGCACUGGGGCAGUUCCUGGAACUCAACAUCUGGCCUACAUUUGUGCCUGACAUGGUGACUUUAAUCCUUCAGAGAGCGCUCCCUCACACACAUCAUAACAUGGCAAUCCUAGACAACUGUUAAAAUAUAGUAGAACCGCCAAAAGUCGACUCGUAAUUGUUGCUAUGUGGCACUUAAACAAUGGAGUGCGCCACAUGCGGCAUAAAUACACAAAUGAAUCAACUUCUUUUUACACUUGUGUGACAGUUCGGGAGACUUGUUGACAAUAACAUGGGGGGAAAAAAUCUAAAGAACUCUCCGCUAUACUGGACAUAUUUGACCUCUCUCAACAUAUUAACAGUCCAAGCCACACUUAAGGUCACAUCUUAGACCUGGUCAUAUCUGAGGAUGUUGAAAUUCUAUCAAUUGACAUUGAGGAUAUGGCUAUUUCUGACCAUUUUUGUGUAUUCUUUGAAUUACAGAUUAUUCCAAACAUUCAGACAACCUCUAUGUCUAUUAAGAAAAGAUGCGCCACAUCCAUAAAUCCACACACUAAUUGAAAAAAAAAUAAUAUGUGUAAGUGUUUUCGCCACACUUGCCUCAUUCAGCCUCCUAGCUCUGCCCCCAGUCGUCAUGGUAACGAAACCUGCUCUCGACAUUGGCCCCGCAGUAGAGGUGGCGGGGUGAACAUCGGCUCAUGCGUUGUAGCCCUCUAAAUCAUAAUGGAAUCGUUCGUGAUCUGUCGAGAUUACCACCUAGUAGAAUCUCCCUUUAAUAGCUUUAUUUAUGAUUCGUGAUGUGAACCUGCAGAGAAACACAGCCUGACUGAAUCAGCUUCUCAGUUCUUUUUUUUGGUUCAUCAGUUUCACUUUGUACCAGAUGCACUGUGCAGCUGCACAGAAUGUGAAUGAUGCUUUAAAAACAGCCAGCUCAGGACUUCUAGAAAAAACAUAUGGACUAACCCAAAAAAAAAUUGCCAGGUGGUCAGAAACUGUGUCUUCAGACAAAUGCUAUCAUGAUGCUAUUUGAACUAUUUGUGAAGGCUUAAGAUUAGAUAGACAUUCACGGAACAAUUCAUUAGGUAAACCUGCACAAUGCAACACCGUUUUGAAUGAGAGCCCUCUACAUCCAUCGUCCAUCUGUCCGUCAUUCCAUCCAUACAUCCCAUAACCCAGGUGACUUUGGGCGAAAGGCAGACUACUCCCUGGAGUGUUUGCCAGUCAAUCUCAGGGAAUAUGUAGCAGGAGACGACCAGUCACUCACAUUCACGCUACCACUAAGUGGGAACAGAACCCACAUUGCCCCUCACUUGUAGCUAAUGUAAGGUAACAAAAAUAAAAUGUAUAUCCCCUUUUGCUGCAGUUAAGAAGCACAUGUUUUCAUAUUUUGCAUGCCUAUUAACAACUAUUGUGCCUUGGUCUCAUCACAGUAGUUAACACGGCAAGGACAGACAUAGUGCCUGGGGAGCAGUUUUUGGGUCCCGCAGCCAUGGGUGUAAACUGAUAUCCCCAGAGUGACAGGUGUCAAUCUGUUCUAUGCUCAGUGACAUACUGUAGUGUGGAUUGCACAUUUUAGCCCCCUGCACUGUGGACCUGGAGUUCCUUGGCCUCUUUUGCCCUUACAGUAUUCAGCCUUUUUUUCUUCUUCUUCUUUUUCUACCCUUUUGGCCACUGUAGUAAACGUGUGUCAAAACAAAGCAGGGUUAGAGUGCAUUGUCACAAAUCACAUCACGUUUGUGUCUCAGUCUGAAAUGGAAAAACCGCUACUGCGGAUCUGUACUUGGAAUUACCUCCUAGUCGCUUAUAGCCAUGACGUACGUAGACUCUUAAAUGGGUCGGGUGUGGAGUGCGAAGAGGAAUGCAGAGAGCAGCAGCAGGUGAUUUUCGAUUGGGCUCGUCAUCAUUCGGUUCACGGUUCAACUGGAGACUACACUCUGGACUGUUCGCCAGUCAAUCGCAGGGCACAUGUAGAGAAACAACCAUUUUAUGGACAAUUUAGAAUCUUCAAUGAGCUCAACUCGCAUGGAAAGUGGGAGGAAGCCGAAAUACCCAAAGAAAACUCACCCAAGCACAGGAGGAAAUGCCUGUGCAAGUCCACACAAGUAGCUGAUAUUCGAACGCAGAAUCUUUCAACUGUGAGGCAGACGUAAUAACAACUAGUAAUUGAUCCUUUCUGCUCUUUUUUUUUUUUCCUUUGGGGCAAACACCUCACACCACAUUACCGACCACCGCCCCAGCGCAUGCGUGCUACCGCACUGUGCAGCUUUGCCUAAUUUUAUGUUCAGUUUGUGGCAAGUUUAACAACAGAAGCUAUUCUCCCAUGAAAGAAUCCAGUGCAGUUAUUUCCCCCACUAAUCAAGAUAUACGCCAUAGUGACUAAAUAAGGGGACACUACAUCACAAUGGAAUACAUUCAUCAAUUCAUCUAUAAGGCAUUAAGAAUAAACUCCUUAAUGUUCAUCUUCCCAACACGUUUUGGACUAUUGCAUGCUUCUAUUUUUUGGGGGAACAGUUUUGAAAAGGUCUUUUUUUUCUGUUCCAGCAUGUACAGAACAAAGUCUCUAAUGGCAUGAUUGGAUAAGUUUGGUGUUGAAGAAUUUGAACUCUGACAUCGAGUACAUCAAACGCUUUUAGAGUGAGAGUUAGACCCUUCUUGGGUCCAACAUAGAGGCAAAUGGGGGGCUAGUUUUAAAAAUUAGUCAUAUUUUUUGGCUAUUUUACUCCUACUUUCUUUAUUCACUACAAUUUUCUUAAUUGUAUUCUAAUUGUGUUGUGUCCUAAAACCUUUGUACAUAUGGUACUGUACCUGUAAGGUAGUAUUGCUCAGAAAAAUCUCAAAAUGUUCUGGAAGUUUACAAGACUAAAAAUGAGCCUUUCAGAGUCAGCGGGAGAUAAGAUAGAUCGGAUAUGUAGUCUGCGACUGUGCUUUGCCCAAAUGUGCCCAGAGAUGAAGUGUGAUUACACAGACGGGUGCGCGUUGUCUGAGAAAAUGUUGCUGCUGCUGCUGCUGCUGCUGCUGAACUGGGUCGCACACAAUAUAUUGUAACCUAAAAAAAAAUAAUAAUAAUAAUAAUUGGUGAUAAGACAUCUUUGAAUGCAAAUAAAGUAUCACACUGAGAGCUUUUGUGUAAACUUAACAUUUGUUUAUCUGCAUUUUCAUGGAGAGGGAACAGAGUUAGAGCAAGCUGAUGGCAGAGGCCAGCGGGCAAGACACGGGGGGACAUUGCAUGUUUUUGGGUGUCGGAAUAAAGGUGUGAAAACAGAAAGUGGAUGCUGUAAGAGUGGCUCUGCCACACAUCCACGGUGGGUCGAGGACUACAAUCAUGAACUCGCAGGAGGGUGCGCUGACUGUUGCGCAGCAUAACAACGCACAAAGGAGCUCAUUUAUAGGUGCUCAACGCAAAUCAUUAUUUGCAGCCAAAUCUUCAGCUUUUACUGUUUCUGUCUGAGACCCUUAUCUACUCAUUGACAUGCAAACACGGCCCUCUUCUCUUGUCGUCAUUCUACACGAGCACCUAUUUCCAACAUACUUCCAUUAGCAUAUAUUUCAUUCUCAGCCUUUCGGUCAUCUGGCAGUUCUGACUUUUCACCAUCUCUUUGUAACAGCCUUUUGUAAGACAAGGAACAUGUAUGGUCGCGUCGAGUCUACUACAAGGCAGUAGAAUCAUAUGAUUCACCUCAGCCAAGUAACAAAGGAUAACUAAGUUCAUGAUAACAAUAAUAGUAAUCAUGAAGGAAUAUCAUAAAAGUGUUAUUAGAGAUGUGACUGUUAAUUUGUAAAUUGUUAUGCACUGCCCCUUCUUUAAAACAAAAUAUUAUCUACAUAAACAUACAGUGUGUGAGAUAAAUAUUAAGUAUAUUUAUAGUUGUAUUUGUUGUUUCUAAUUUAAAAAAAACAAAAAAACUCUUUCAGUAGAUUUCUGUAUUUUCCCUCUAAAAUGAUAAUUUUUCAAGGAUUUUAAUGAGGUGCUUUUAAAUGGGGCGGCACGGUGGCCGACUGGUUAGAGCGUCUGGCCUACAGUUCUGAGGACCGGGGUUCAAUCCCCGGCCCCGCCUGCGUGGGUUUUCUCCGAGCACUCCGGUUUCCUCCCACAUCCCAAAAACAUGCGUGGUAGGUUGAUUGAAGACUCUAAAUUGCCCGUAGGUUUGAAUGUGAGUGCGAAUGGUUGUUUGUUUACGUGUGCCCUGCGAUUGGCUGGCAACCAGUUCAGGGUGUACCCCGCCUCCUGUCCGAUGACCCGCGACCCCAGUGAGGAUAAGCCGCUCAGAAAAUGGAUGGAUGGAUGGAGGCUUUUAAAUGUCUGCGAACAAGACGGUCAGGGGCCUGACUUAUCAACCUUGCGUACGCACGGCGUGAUUGGUCAGAUUUUUUGGGUCGUACGACAUUCUAAGCUUUUGUGCAUACGUACACUUUUAGCAAGAAUCCUGCACACUCUUUAAUAAGCGAGGCACCAGGAAUAAACAGCACAUCUUUUUACAAAGGCCAGACAUUUCAUUCGGUACACCUACACAAUUGAAUGAGAGCCAAUACUUUGUAUCCUCUUCAAGGAGACAUAUUAUGCCUUUUCUCCACGGUUUAAACCCACUCCCAGGUGUCUUAAUAACUUGUGCGUAGCAUUCUUUAGUGAAGGCCCCAAGGAUCAAGUCUUAUAGUGCACUCAACACCCCCUAAUUUUUGCCUCGCUGAGAUUGUCUGGGUUGACGGUGCUGUCUCCCGCAAAUGAUCUGGAAAUAGGCAGCUCAGUCUUUGUUUACUUGUUUGCUUAAUUUCACACUUGAUGGGUAGGUUGGCACUCCAGGGACAUAUUUAACUAGUUUUUAUACAAACAAUAAAAAGUACAUUUCCCAUUGUACUGUAUGUCCCAUUUAAAGAAAAUAACACCCAAUUAAUUAUUAUACAGUAUCAACAAAAAGUUAACUAAAACUCUAGAAGAAAAAAAAACACCUCUCAGUGUCGUGCAAGGCAAAUUACAACAACAAUACACAUUUAGGUGUCAGUCGAAACGUAUUAUUAUUGUGUUUGUGAAGGAAGCCUUUUAAAUGCAGCUCUUGUGCAGCCGUACCUAAUAUUUUGUCCACUGAGUAUCGACAGCACAAUGUCCUGUACAUGUGGUCCAUCUGAGCCUGUCUUUUGCCACGUGGAUGCUUUCCCUCCAAACCGUACCAUUUGCAGCCGUGCCCUCACAUGGCAUCGGCAUGUUCACAGCCUGGUGUCACUGAGCCAUUACUAACAUCAGCUACAGCCGUUUCGGUGCCCAAAGCAGCCAAACUCAAAUGUGUGAGCACCAGCUCCUAAAUUCACCAUGCAUGUGUGGAAAAGGAAGAGCGAGCAGGGUGAUUCAAGGCUACACGGUGUCCGCCGUGUUCGGGUCUUACUCACGGCGUUAUUAUUAUGGCGUGUAUUUUUAUGAUAAUAAGCUGGUGAGUCAAGGAUGAGUCCAUUUACCGAUGGUGCUGGUGAAGGCCAUUGACACUACAAAAACUCCAAAAGUGUCUUAAAAAAAACAUAUAUUUGACGAACUACGGUCACAAUUCAAUAACUGAGGUUCUUGUUUUCUUGUACUUUACAAUGGAGACACACUUGGAGCUUUUUUCUUGAAAACUGAACCUGGCAGAGCUAUCAAUCCACCCUUCCGCCCGUCCAUCCAAUCAUCAAUAUAGCCAUCCAGAUUCAACUGAUGACUGACCAAUCCAUCCAUCCAUAAGCAAACACCCCUGAACCCACUCGCUCAACUAACUAUCCAAACUAACCAACAGAAUGACCAACCAUCCAGCCAACAUCCAACAAAGCAUCAUUAUGUCCAUAGUCCCAUCCACUUACCCAACCGACCAACUGUUCUAGCCAUGCGCUUAAACACUCACCUAAGUGACUGGUGGCCUGUGAUCCAAUCCUUGAUUGGGGAUUUCCUCACCUGGAUGCUUUGUACCCAGCCUCAGAUCCUUAGGUCAUUACAUCAUUAUUUUCAACCUGUAUGCGUGUGUGUGUGCGUGUGUGCGUGUGCCUGUGUCCCUCUAGACUAGCGGCGGGACGGAUCGAUUUUAAUAUAGGAAAGAAGCACUGUGAGUUGCAUUUUAUGUAUCGAAAGCGCUCCAUGAAUAAAGUCUUGACUUGAUUUGAACCAACCAAGCAACCAUCUAUCCAUCCAUCCAGUUAAAAAUGACAGCAAUGACCCUUGAGCUCUGCGACCUUCGUCAACUUGUGCCGUAGGUCAUUCAAAAAUCAUCCAAUUUUUGCAUAGACACUGGACAUGCGCCAUACACUUGAGAGUUUGAAGCACCCUGUGAAGAAGCAAAAACACACACCCUGCAAGCUCUAAAUCCAACGAAAGCAUCGCAAAGCUAUUUUUCCAUCAUCAUUUGUAAACAUUUUGUACGCUUUUAAAUCAUUCAUGAUACAAGACAAGGCUCUAGUAAGAUUUUCUUAACACGCGCAUACCUUGUAGGAGGUGUGAUUGGCAUCCCAAAGUGACAACGUCCACGGGCGCUAUGACCCAGCAGACAGUCUGGCCCUUCAUGGAGACAUCAGUUGAUGUCACAGAAUGUAUAAAAAGCAGCACUUUGAGGCUCGCCUCGUCAGUCACCCUCGGCGGGGGCCCAAGGAGGCGCGCGUCUGGAGAACCUUUCACCUUCCAUGCGGAUUAUGUCCCUCACGCGUUGGCGCGGCAGCACAUCAGCAGCGUGCGCAGCCACGAUGAAGAGUGGUACAUUUUUAUCCCCGCGGCGGGGAGUGGAUUACAAGUAAAAAAGCCGAAUGAUUCGUGCCAUGGCGUUGAGGAGGACACUUUCUUUGAAUCCCCCCACAAAGUGCGAGAGGCUGGGCAGAAUAUGAGCCAAGAGUGACCAGAGAAGCGAUGGAGGGCGCCGGCCAAGUGGAGCCCAGCCUGCCGGUCAACGCCUCCAACAUCAGCCGGCCCGAGGAUGCGUCCGAGGCGGGCUGGGGCGCGCACAGCCUCGCCUACCAGAUCGGCCUGGCCUCGCUCCUUUCCGCCAUCACGCUGGCCACCAGCCUGUCCAACGCUUUCGUCAUCGCCACCAUCUCCCAGUCCAAGAAGCUCCAGACGCCCGCCAACUUCCUCAUCGCCUCGCUGGCCGUCACCGACCUGCUGGUGUCCAUCCUGGUCAUGCCCGUGUGCGUCCUCUACACGGUCAUCCACGAGUGGACGCUCGGCCAGGUGGUGUGCGACGUGUGGCUGUCGUCGGACAUAACCUGCUGCACGGCGUCCAUCCUCCACCUGUGCGUCAUCGCCCUGGACCGCUACUGGGCCAUCACGGACGCAGUGGAGUACUCGAAAAAGCGCACGCCGGGGCGCGCGGCCGGCAUGGUGGCCACCGCCUGGGUGAUCGCCAUCUCCAUCUCUCUGCCGCCGCUCUUCUGGAGGCAGGUCAAGGCGGACGAGCUGACCAGCUGCAGCGUCAACACGGACCACAUCUUCUACACCAUCUACUCCACCUUCGGCGCCUUUUACAUCCCCACCCUGCUGCUCAUCGUCCUCUACGGGCGCAUCUACGUGGAGGCGCGCAAACGCAUCCUCAAGCAGUCUCCCAAGAAGAAGAAGAAGGCGGCGGGCAAGAGGCUGACCACCGCGUACUUGCAGGCCACGGGCUCCCCCGGUUCCAACGCCUCCACCAGCCCCUUGCAGGGCGGGAGGCACGACGCGCCGUCCUGCAGCGACACCAACUCCUCCACUAGCGACAACCAGGUGAAGGUGACUCUGUCGGACGCUGCUCUGGAGAAGAAGCGCAUCUCGGCGGCGAGGGAGAGGAAGGCCACCAAGACGCUGGGCAUCAUUCUGGGCGCCUACAUCGUGUGCUGGCUGCCCUUCUUCAUCUACACGCUGGUGGUGGCCGCAUGCGACGCCUGCGUCAUCCCGGAGCUCUUUGACUUCUUCACCUGGCUCGGCUACCUGAACUCGCUCAUCAACCCCAUCAUAUACACCAUGUCCAACGAGGACUUCAAGAAAGCGUUCCACAAACUGGUGCUCUUCAGAUGCUGCAGAGGGUGAUCUUUGAAAUUGUUGUUUGUUUGUUUUUUGGUUUUUUGGGGGGAAUAUAAGCAGAGGCCAUAAAUAACAGUUCAAAGCCAUGGCGGGUGACAAAAAAGAGAUUCCUAUAAGAGGGAAUCCACGGAUUCAUUUAUUACAUUGCAUAUGACAUUGCUGGAAUCAUGCACUUGGGAAAAGUAGAUUUAUUGACUAAAAAAACCCAUAUGACAUCAUUGCAGGCUGACUCUUGUCGUCAUGCAUACAAAUACACCAAAAAGGCCAAAAAAAAAUUCAAGAAAUGCAUAAUCUAACAGAUACGCAUUCAAAAAAUAGAAAUCUGCCUUAACAAAGAUAAUAAUGCUCACCUUUGUGUAUUCAUUUAACAAUAUUUUGUAUUAUGUAAUCUAUUAUUUUCUAUAAUGUAUGAUUUUUUAAAUUUCAUUUAAAAAUUAUUCAAUCUAAUUUAUUUAUUUAUUUUGCUGUUUUGAAUCCCUUACGGGCAAAUUCUAUUUCCACCUAACGUGUAAUAAUAAUUGCAUUUCUUUAUUGUUGAGGUUUGCAGUGUGGUGGGCAUACGCAAGUGUUUUUGUUUUUCUCACAAAAUUUAAUGACACAAAUGCAUUCAAAAUAUUACAAACACAAUCAAAAUAAUACACAUUUAGUCAAAAAAGGAGUUAGCUUUAUUAUUUUUAAAAAGGCAGCAUUAUUAGCAUUCCUCUUGUAUUGGAUCAUAUUAAAUCAGGGGUGGGAAACCUAUAACUCGUGGGCCAUACGUGGCGCGCAAGAGCAUUCCAUCCGGUCUGCCAUGCAAUUCUAAAAACGAUUAAAACCUCAGCUGAACUGUUAUUAAAAUAAACAACAACCUGAAAACAUAUAUAAUAAUGCUUAAAAAAAUAUAAUAAUAAACAUUUGUUGGAGCAUUGUAUAAGACUUCAUAGUCAAUGUAAUGGCCGGCCCCUGAUAGGAAGGAGGUUCUCCACCCCUGCAUUCGAUCGUGCGGUGCAUCCUCAUUGUAAACUUGUCUCAAGCGUUGCACAGUUUGGAAUCAGAUUGUGUAUGUGUGCGUAUUUUCAGAUCACUUUUGAUAUCAUGCUUCUUAUGGUUUCAAAUGUCACACAGAUAAGCUGUGUGAGCUGCUAUAGUGUGUGUCUGCAAUGUGAUGUUUGACCUCCACAAAUGCACACGCACGCACGCACAGACACACACACACGGAUUGAUCUCUUUCUUCUCAGAGAUGCUGUGCAAUAAAGUAUUUCAAGUAUUA